GGAAAAUAUAAUCGAUUACACUAAACCAUCCCGGCGCGCAUCACUACGACGCCCCUAACGUCAUUGAAGUGUCAAAGUCUCUUACUGUCAAAUUUUAAACAACACCGGUCGUUCGCGUUAUUUUGUGUUUGUAGAAUUGCGAUAUUUUAUCCAGUUGUACGUUUUAAUUACUUCAACCUGUGAAUAAUUACGAGUGAAUAAAAUUAACAUAAGGUAAAGAUGUCUUCUGACCGAAAUAAAGAAACAAGAGACGCUGUAAAACGUGAAAUAAAAGAAAUACAAGCACGCUGCAAGCAUGAGUGGAAUAUUAUUGAUAAUUCACCUUUGGACGCUCCGAAUAUAGACUUUGAACAAAUCAACGAAAAAGCGCUUUGUUACAUCGAAGGUUUAGGCACUGGGAUUCAAAAUUCAAAUACUCCGAUCACAGCUGACGAUAACCUUCUUACCAGCCAGUUUCUGAAAGAGAUAAGAGAUAAAACUGGCCAGGUAGAAGAGUACACAGCUUUUGUACGGGGCUCAAUACACGAUCUUGAUGCUGAGAUUAACAGAUUACAAACCUUAAUAAAAAUUACACAAGAUGCAAAAUCCCGUCCAAUGCUGAACAAGUCUGAAGUCAAACCCGAACAUAUUCACAGAGCUAAGGAGAGGUUCCAGGUGAUGAAGAAUGAGCUCCAUGACCUUAUACACUCACUGUUUCCUAACUGUGAUAGUUUGAUCAUUGAGACUAUGGGACAACUAAUGGCGGAGCAUCUGAAUGAAGAAUCAAAUGGAUACAUUCCAGUUACUGCAGAGACAUUUCAGAUAAUAGAGUUACUGAAAGAUAUGAAAAUAGUUACUGUCAAUCCAUACAAUAAGUUGGAAGUGAAAUUAUCAUAUUGAUGCACUUUAUAACAAAAUGUGAUUAUGUUGAAGUAGUGCCAAUAUGGUUGCCAAUGAACUAAGGACCAAUAAGACUAAAGAAAGAUAUUGUGUAAUUUAGUGUUAAGUUUAUUUUAAUAAAUAUUGUUAAAGUUUGGA